UCACUGGCCAACAGCUGUUCAAAGUUUUUGAUUUGGAUUCGAAAGCAUUACAUGGGUUCCGCAUCAUGGCAGCUCAGUUGAAUCCCUUCCGCAAUGCGUUCCGGCUGCCGGCGAAACAGCGGAUCAACUGGUUCCCUGGUCACAUGACCAAGGGAAUGCGCCAAAUCCAGCAAAAGCUCAGAAAUGUCGACUGCAUAGUGGAAAUCCACGAUGCACGCAUCCCACUGGCGGGCAGGAACUCUCAGUUCUUCGACACAAUCACCGGAAGUGGCGUUAAACCGCAUAUUCUGGUUCUGAACAAAGUCGAUCUCCUGGGCGCCAAGCAGCAAAAGAAUGUGCUCCAGCAACUGCGAAGACAACAGCCCGAACUCCAGCACAUCCUGUUCACCAACUGCAAGGAUCAGCGGAAUCACGGCGUGCUGGACAUCCUGCCCUUGGCCACUCGCCUCGUGGGCGAGAGCAGUCGCUUCAAUCGCACCCAGGCGGCGGAGCACAAUCUCAUGAUCAUUGGGGUGCCCAAUGUGGGCAAGAGUUCCGUGAUUAAUGUCCUGAGGAAUGUACAUCUCAAGAAGAAAAGUGCAGCCCGUGUGGGCGCAGAGGCGGGCAUCACUCGAGCUGUCGGGGAGCGCAUCAAAAUCCAAGAGAAUCCGCCUGUCUACAUGAUCGACACACCUGGUAUCCUACAGCCUUCCAUAAAAGACGAUGAGAUGGGCAUGAAGCUGGCCCUGGUGGGCUGCCUCCCAGAUCACAUAGUGGGUGAGGAUCUGAUAGCCGACUACCUGCUCUACUGGCUGAAUAGUCACCGCAGGUACGAUUACGUGGAGAAGCUGAAACUGAGCUCCGGACCCAGUGACAAUAUCAGCGCCGUGCUGGCGGAGUACUCCCAUCGGGAGGAGCUGUUCCACAAGGUCAAACAGUACGACGGCAGGGUGGAGGUGAUGACAAAUUUAUUGGCGGCCGCGAGAAAGUUUAUACACUUCUUUCGCUCCGGCCAGCUAGGCUACAUAAAUCUGGAUGAGCCCAGCGGUUUCAGAUAGCUUUACAUACGUACGUCACGUUAACUUAAGGGCUAAGAUUAAAAUUUGAACAGAAGAA